AUGGUGUCGAUAAGGAACGCGACGGCAAAUGACCUGCUCGAGGUGCAGAACUCGAACCUCUGGUGCCUGCCCGAGAACUACCAGAUGAAGUACUACUACUACCACAUCAUGACGUGGCCCCAGCUGCUCUACGUCGCGGAGGCUCGCGGUGGCAAAAUCGUCGGCUACGUGCUGGCCAAAAUGGAGGAAGAAGCGUCGGUGCCCCACGGCCACAUCACGUCGCUGGCAGUGCUGCGUACACAUCGCAAGUGUGGACUCGCUACGAAGCUCAUGCAGGCAGCCCAACGAGCGAUGGUGGAGAGUUUCGGCGCCGAGUACGUGUCACUGCACGUGCGUGAGAGCAAUGUGGCUGCUAUCCACCUGUACCGCCGAACGCUGAAGUACCAGGUGUACGACAUUGAAAAGGCGUACUACGCGGAUGGCGAAGAUGCGUACGACAUGCGUCUGCCGUUCACCGAUAAGUGCAAUCAGGCAUUUUCUUCGCAGGUAAACCGUUUGAAAAAAGUGCUGGCGGAGAAAGAUGCCAAGGCCGCUGAGGAAACGGCAGCUUAG